CGACUCAAAAAAUAUCGAAGAAAAAAAAAAAAGACACCAUCUAACAAGAAGGUGUUCAAUCUCAGCUGAUCAUUCUCAUGCAUGAAGGGGCUCGCCACCCACAGCGACGCUCUCCAAUCCAUCAAAACCCUUGUGCUGAAACGCCUAUAUCCGCAAGCCCUUAGAGCCUCAGCAUCGCUCCUCCAUCCUCCUCUCACUGAUCAAUCCUAUGCCCUCUUCCUUAAAUCAGGCUUCGCACUCGAUGCCUUCCUCUCCAGCUUCAUUGUCAACCGCUUUGCCAUCUCAGGCGACUUCGCUCGCGCCCGCAGGUUCCUACUCGACACCCCAUACCCCGACACAGUCUCCUGGAAUUCUCUCAUCUCUGGGUAUGCUCGGUUUCGGCAACCCGGGCCCGUGUUCGACUUGUUCAAUGGGUUGAGGCGAUCCGGUCUGAGUCCUGAUGAGUUCAGUUUGAGUUCUUUGGUCAAGGGGUGUGGUGUUCUUGAGCAAAAUGAGGUUGCACAUGGGGUUUGUUUGAAGAUGGGGUUAUUGAACGGUUUUGUGGUGAGUGGACUGCUGGAUGGCUAUGCGAAAUUGGGUGAUGUUGAUUCAGCUGAGAAGUGUUUCAAAGAGUUUUAUAUUGCGGAUUCUGUGGUUUGGACGGCUAUGGUUUGUGGAUUUGUUUGGAACGGAGAAUUCGAGAAGGGGCGUGAGGUUUUUGUAGAGAUGAGGGGUUUGGGUUUGGGUUUGGAGUUGAACGAGUUUAGCCUGACUAGUGUUCUUGGGGCACUGUCUGAUGUUAGAGAGGGUGAACAGGUUUUUGGUUUAAGUGUUAAGAUGGGUCUGUUAUGCGGAUGCUCAAUUCAUCUGAACAAUGCAUUGAUGAAUAUGUAUUCUAGGUGUGGGAGUAAAUCCGAUGCUAUUAAAAUGUUUGAUGAAAUGACUGAGCCGGAUGUUGUUUCAUGGACUGAGCGGAUUGGUGCUGCUUAUGACGCUAUAGAAGCUUUUGAAUUGUUUAGACUUGUGCUUUCAGGAAACAUGGAAGUGAAUGAGUAUAUGUUGAUUAAUGUUUUGUCUGCCAUGAGGGAGCCAAAGUUGUUGAAAUCUGGGAGGCAAAUCCAAGGGCUUUGUCAAAAGGCUGGGUAUUUGCUAGUGGCUUCUGUUAAUAAUGCAUUGAUUUUUAUGUAUGGGAAGUGUGGAGAGAUGGUCGCUGCUAGGCACAUUUUUGAUGAAAUGCUUUGUGGAGAUUCCGUUUCAUGGAAUUCUCUGAUUGCAGGGUAUGCUGAGAAUGGACUCAUGAAACAGGCUCUUAAGGUGUUCUCUCAAAUGCGUGAUUAUUUGCUACAACCCAAUAAAUAUACUUUGGCUAGCAUUCUAGAAGUAGCAGCAAACUCAAAUUUUCCAGAGCAGGCAAUGCAAAUUCAUUCAUAUAUAGUCAAACUGGGAUUCAUAGUAGAUGAUUCAAUGUUGUCUUGUCUAAUAACAGCAUAUGGUAAAUGCAAUAUGAUUUGUGAAUCAAAGAGGGUAUACAGUGAUAUUAGUCAAAUAAAUGUGUUGCAUCUUAAUGCAAUGGCAGCCACACUUGUCCAUGCUGGUUGCCAUGCUGAUGCCCUCAAAUUGUUCCAAACAGGAUGGCGCUUGCAUCAGGAAGUGGACUGCAUAACAUUAAGUAUAGUACUUAAAGCAUGUGGUGCUUUGACAGAUUUGGAAUAUGGUAGAAAUAUACAUUCUAUGGCCCUUAAAUCUGGAAUGAGUCAGGAUAACUUUGUUGAAAGUGCUGUUAUCGAUGUGUACUGUAAGUGUGGAACUGUGGAUGAAGCUGCAAAAACUUUUAUGAAUGUAUCUAAAAACAAUUUAGUUGCUUGGAAUGCCAUGGUGAUGGGAUAUGCUCAGCAUGGUUGUUAUCAUGAAGUUUUCGAGCUAUUUAAUAAGAUGCUUGAAUUGGGGAUACAACCUGAUGAGAUAACUUAUCUUGGAGUGCUUAACUCAUGUUGUCAUGCAGGGCUAGUGAAUGAAGCGCAUACUUACCUAAGCUCGAUGUUAGAACUUCAUGGAGUGGUCCCAUGUUUAGAACACUAUGCCUGCAUGAUAGACUUAUUUGGACGAGUAGGACUCCUAGAAGAUGCAAAGAGGACCAUUGAUCAAAUGCCUAUUAUGCCUGAUGCUCAAAUAUGGCAGAUUCUUCUCUCAGGCUGCAACAUCCAUGGAAAUGUUGAUUUGGGGGAAGUUGCAGCAAAGAAGCUUAUCGAGCUGCAACCUGAAAAUGAUUCCGCUUAUGUUCUUCUCUCAAAUCUCUAUGCUUCAGCUGGUAGGUGGAAUGCUGUUGGAAAAUUGAGAAGGGUAAUGAAAAAAAAAAUAAUCUGCAAGGAACCUGGUUCUAGUUGGAUUCAGGUGAGAGGAUCUGUGCAUUACUUUUUUGCUAGCGAUACAUCACAUCCUGAGAGUAAAGAAAUUUAUAUGAAGCUCCAGAGGUUGUAUGAGGAAAUGUUUGCUUCACCAUAUUUGGAACAAGAUAGACCUGUAAACUAUGAUCCAAUUCAAUUUUGAUUUAUGAGGCAACUGUGAAUGGGGGCUGUCCUUUGCAUGUUUCUGGGAUACCAUCAAAGGCUGGUACUCAAGCAAUCAGGGCUUUUUACCUGUCAUUUCUCAACAGGUAUUGUGGCUUCAACCAUGAAUCAGUCCUGGCUUAUUCCACUUGAUCUCAUUUUUGUUUCUUCCACUUCCAAACUAUUCUAAUGUAGACAGGUAUCUUCAUCCUGCUCAUUUCUCCUGAUUAGCAAUUUGAAUAUCCAUGUUGUUAGGUUUUAGUCUUUGGCUUUCACAUAUGCUAGAUUUUCUUUUUCUUUUUAAUCAUCUAAUAUUAUUACGGGUUCUUCAAUUUUGGAUUUGGUGUUUGGUUUGUGCAAAUAAUGUUGCUGGCUUCCUCUUCUGUGCCUCCCUAACUGAUAAAAGAUCAUGAUUAAUAUAUGAAUCAUGGAAAACACCAAAUCGGUUUUGAGUUGAUUACCAUCGCACCAUCAGAGCCACACAGGAUUUUUGGUCAUGUCUCAUCAUGGAUUUUGUAAAAUUCUAAAUUAUGCUCAACUAAAAUCUUUCGAACCAAAAACAAUCCAUGCAACUGAACGGCCCCCUUUUUUUCCUCCUGAAAGAAAAAGGAGGAAGAAGAAAAAGAACUAUAGACAUCGAGAAAAUACUUAUGAUACAGUGUUUGAUACGAUCAGUAGUUGCUUAUGUUUUUUGUCUCCCUCAAGUAUGAUAUCUGGCAGGAACGAUGGCGAGGUGAAGAUGCCAUGGAAAGCACAGAGACAAAAGAUUUGAAAGCCUUUUCUGCUAUCCUCAACUUUAUCUGCCCCCUCUUUGGAAGAGGCCUUCUGCCCCUGAAAUUGCUGCUAGUAGUCACUUGAGGAAUGUUACUGACCUUGUUAUUCAUGAUGGAAAAGUAUGCGAAGUGAACUUCUGUUAAGAGUUGGAUAGUUUGAUAAAUGGUGGAUAUCUGACUGGUCGCCUUGGUUGGGUAUUUAUAUAGCACAGGAACAGUUCAUUGUAAUAACAAGGCCUGAGGAGGGGCUCAUCUGGCUGUGUCAAGCAAGCUAGAAACAGACUUUUUAGGUUGGGAGGGGUUGGGAGGGCAUGCCAGCGAAUUGUCUGGCUGUACAAGAUUCCUUUCAGCUCAACUUGAGACAUUGACUCCAUGGGAUGAUUUGGCGGCUGAUUGACCAAGUAGAAGAUCCAAACUUAAUCUACAUAUAUGGUGAUUUUUUGAGCCUGUCUUACCAUAAACACGUGUGGGUUUUAGCAGCAUUUUGUUCUCUUGUAUGCCAUGGGCUCCUCCAUGGAUGACUAGAAAAAGGGCUACUCUUUGAAAUGGCAAGAUCUAUUGAUUUGUUUUUGUACAACUUGACAGAUAGAUUCAUUAGUUAAAUGCAACUGGGUUGGACACCAGGGAGCAGGGUUGAUAUUAAUAUUUGUUUAUACUCUCAUCCAUGUUUCCAUGGAGACUUCCUCAGUACUGCCAAAUGUCUAUCUGACUGCCUUCAGGAUGGCACCUUGCUCUAUAAUAUGAUGUAUGUUCGAUGCCACUGCACAUGGUCAAGAGCUUGUUUCCCAGGCAGAGAAUCAUAUAUGUAUAACGACAUUGAUGAUGACGAAAAUGAUUUAUUUAGUAUAUUCCUUUUAAA